AUGGGUUUCAGGGUUAUGAUUUUAAUGGUAAUGGGCCUGGGAGCCAUGUAUAUGCUUCAUCUAUUGGCACAGGAUUGGGAUAAAAUACGUCAACCAGUGCCCGCAGCUGUUUCACGUCUGCUAACAGGUGCCAGUCGAAAUCUGGAUAAUUUCAUUGUACGUGGUCGACGUGACCUAAGCGGCGCUGGAUAUCAACGUCACAUACGACGUCUGCCAGAAAAAGGGGCAACGAGGAAAACAAAUUCCACUGCAAAUGUUGUCGACUGGAAACGCAUACUGUCCCGCGAUCCUUUUGAAUGCCUCCAAUCGUUGGUGUGCCAACUUUUAUCCGGUGCCGAGAAAAACUCCGAAGAGGCAGUGUUAAUAUGUGAUUUCCUGGAGGAGAAUAUAAGUGUGGCCCCAGCGAAAAUUGGUAGAGCCUUUAGUCGUGGCUUGGCUUAUCGUGGUCGCACCGAACGUUGUUACGAUGAUUAUCCUUUUUGUUGGUACUCGGCCAAGACAAUGUUGAAAAUGUUGAAAUGGUUAGCCGAUACUGUGGAUAAUUAUAAACCAUAG